AUGGCAGGCGAGUUGGCCAAUGAGCACACUCUCGGAGAGCGGCGAGGGCAAUAUGGCUUCCUGCGCCUGGUGACGGUUAAGGAAAUUGAAUUUGAUACCAUGGAGAAACCGCGGGCCACCGAGGAGACGCCGUCCUCAGAGCCUAUGGAAGAAGAGGAGGAGGGUGACUUGGAGCUCUUCGGGGGCUACGAUAGCUUCCGGAGUUACAACAGCAGCGCGGGCAGCGAGAGCAGCUCCUAUCUGGAGGAGUCAAGUGAAGCAGAAAAUGACGACAGGGAAGCAGGCGAGCUGCCCACCUCACCCCUGCACUUGUUCACCCCCGGGAACACCCGCUCCCUGGAUGGCAGUGGUUCUGAGCCAGCGGUAUGUGAGAUGUGUGGUAUCGUGGGCACAAGAGAAGCUUUCUUCUCAAAGACCAAGAGGUUCUGCAGCGUCUCAUGUUCCAGGAGCUACUCCUCCAACUCCAAGAAAGCCAGUAUCUUGGCUAGACUACAGGGAAAGCCACCCACCAAGAAAGCCAAAGUCCUGCACAAGGCAGCCUGGUCUGCCAAGAUCGGAGCCUUCCUCCACGCCCAGGGCACAGGACAGCUAGCAGACGGGACACCAACAGGGCAAGAUGCUCUGGUCUUAGGGUUCGACUGGGGGAAGUUCCUGAAGGAUCACAGUUACAAGGCUGCUCCGGUCAGCUGCUUUAAACACGUACCUCUCUAUGACCAAUGGGAAGACGUGAUGAAGGGGAUGAAAGUGGAAGUCCUCAACAGUGAUGCUGUGCUCCCCAGCCGGGUGUACUGGAUCGCCUCUGUCAUCCAGGCAGCCGGGUACCGGGUGCUGCUCCGAUACGAAGGCUUUGAAAAUGACGCCAGUCAUGACUUCUGGUGCAACCUGGGGACUGUGGAUGUCCACCCCAUUGGGUGGUGUGCCAUCAACAGCAAGAUCCUGGUGCCUCCGCGGACCAUCCAUGUCAAGUUUACAGACUGGAAAGGCUACCUCAUGAAGCGGUUGGUGGGCUCCAGGACGCUUCCUGCAGAUUUCCACAUCAAGAUGGUGGAGAGCAUGAAGUACCCCUUCCGGCAGGGCAUGCGCCUGGAGGUUGUGGACAAGACCCAGGUGUCACGGACCCGCAUGGCUGUGGUGGACACAGUGAUUGGGGGACGCCUACGGCUCCUCUAUGAGGAUGGUGACAAUGAUGAUGACUUCUGGUGCCAUAUGUGGAGUCCUCUGAUCCACCCAGUAGGCUGGUCACGGCGUGUCGGCCACGGCAUCAAGAUGUCAGAGAGACGAUGUGACGCGUCUCAUCACCCUACGUUCCGGAAAAUCUACUGUGAUGCUGUCCCUUACCUCUUCAAGAAGGUCCGAGCUGUCUACACAGAAGGUGGCUGGUUCGAGGAAGGAAUGAAACUGGAGGCCAUUGACCCUCUGAAUCUGGGCAACAUCUGUGUAGCAACCAUCUGCAAGGUUCUCCUGGACGGUUACCUGAUGAUCUCUGUGGAUGGGGGCCCCUCCACAGAUGGCUCAGAUUGGUUCUGCUACCACGCCUCCUCCCAUGCCAUCUUCCCAGCCACCUUCUGCCAAAAGAAUGACAUUGAGCUCACGCCCCCAAAAGGGUAUGAGACACAGCCUUUUGACUGGGAGAGCUACUUAGCGAGGACCAAGUCUAAAGCAGCCCCAGCAAGACUCUUCAACAUGGACUGCCCCAACCAUGGCUUCAAGGUGGGCAUGAAGCUGGAGGCUGUGGACCUGAUGGAGCCGCGGCUCAUCUGUGUGGCCACCGUGAAGCGAGUGGUACAUCGGCUCCUUAGCAUCCACUUUGAUGGCUGGGACAACGAGUAUGACCAGUGGGUGGACUGCGAGUCCCCGGACAUCUACCCUGUCGGCUGGUGUGAGCUCACUGGCUACCAGCUCCAGCCACCUGUGUCUGCAGAGCCAAACACACCUCAGAAGGGCAAGGAAGCCACAAAGAAGAAAAAGAAACAGUUUGGUAAAAAACGAAAGAGGGUCCCAUCCACCAAGGCUCGGCCCCUCAGGCAGGCCUCCAAGAAGCCUUUACUGGAGGGAAACCUGCAGGCUCUGGGAGUCUCGGAGCCAGUUCCCGAUGACAUUAUUGCAGUGCGUGUGAAGGAGGAACACCAGGACAUCCCUUCGCCAGGCAGGUCACCCAGUCCACAGCUGCCUCUCCCCAUUGAGAGCAUCAAGCAAGAGACGGACAACUGAAACUUCC